AUGCCUCCCAAGAAACCCGAUGCCCCAAAGAAGAAGAAGGCUACCGUUGAGGAUAAGUCCUUUGGUAUGAAAAAUAAAAAAGGUGGUGCCGCCAAGAAACAGAUUCAACAGUUGCAAGCACAAGCCGCAAGCAACAAGAACCUAGACGAGAAGAGGAAGGCCGCCGAGAAGGAGAAACGUGAGGCCGAGAAGAGGGCCGCUGAGCAGGCCAAGAAAGAAAACCUUGAGCUGUUCAAGCCCGUCCAAGUCCAAAAGGUCGCCUUUGGUGUCGACCCCAAGACUGUCCUCUGUAUUUUCUUCAAGCAAGGACACUGCGAAAAGGGCCGCAAGUGCAAGUUCUCGCACGACCCCAAUAUCGAGCGCAAGGCCGCCAAGAAGGAUCUGUACACCGACUCCCGUGAUGAAGGUGCCGAGGAGGAGGCCAAGAAGCAGAAGGAUACCAUGGACGAUUGGGAUGAGGAGAAGCUGCGCAGUGUCGUUUUGAGCAAACACGGAAACCCGCGCACAACGACCGACAAGGUGUGCAAAUACUUCAUCGAAGCAGUCGAAAACCAGAAAUACGGAUGGUUCUGGACCUGUCCAAACGGAGGAGACAAGUGCAUGUACAAGCACAGCUUGCCGCCAGGAUUCAUCCUGAAGACCAAGGAACAGCGAGCAGCCGAGAAAGCCCUGAAGGACAAGUCACCCUUGAGCACGCUGACCUUGGAGGACUGGCUCGACUCGGAGCGGCACAAGUUGACCGGAACAUUGACACCGGUUAAUGAGGAGACCUUCGCCAAGUGGAAGAAGGAACGUCUGGACAAGAAGGCGGCCGAGCAACAAGCACAGCAGGCGAAGGAGGCCACUGGCCGUAACCUCUUCGAGAGCGGCAACUGGGCCGAGGAGGACAGUGAGCCUGAGGAGGGCGAGGACGAGAGUGGAACCUGGAACUUGACAGUCAUGCGGAGAGAGACCGAGAGGCUUCGCGAACAGAAGGAGGAGGAACGGCUCGCAAAGGCCAAUGCGGGGAUGCUGCCCACUAUCACACCCCAAGCUGCGGGUUGA